AUUGUGAAAGCCAUUCCCUUUUAUAAAUCUUCAUGUCCUUUAGAGAACAUUCAAAGACUCAGAAGACGUGAAGAAUAAGAGGAGGUAGCAAAGAGAAGAAAGAAGACCAUGGGGAAGAGAGUGGCAAUCAUUGGAGCUGGGGUGAGUGGCCUGGCCUCCGUCAGGGCCUGUUUGGAAGAAGGGCUUGAGCCCACCUGCUUUGAGAGGAGUGAUGGCGUUGGGGGCCUGUGGGAGUUCUCGGACCACGCAGAAGAAGGCAGGGGGAGCAUUUACCACUCUGUGUUCACCAACUCCUCAAAAGAAAUGAUGUGUUUCCCAGAUUUCCCUUACCCAGAUAAUUACCCCAUUUUCAUGCACAGGAGUAAGCUCCAGGAGUAUAUCACCACAUUUGCCAAAGAAAAAAAUCUCUUAAGAUAUAUACGAUUUAAGACCUUGGUCUCCAAGAUAAAGAAGCGUCCUGAUUUCUCUGUUACUGGCCAAUGGGACGUUGUGACUGAAAAGGACGGGAAGCAGGAAUCAGCUGUGUUUGAUGGUGUGAUGAUAUGUACAGGACAUCAUGUGUACCCCAAUCUGCCAAAAGAUAACUUUUCAGGGCUGAAAGAGUUUAAAGGCAAGUACUUCCACAGUCGGGAAUACAAGGGGCCAGAAGAAUUUAAGGGGAAGAGAGUACUUGUGAUUGGUUUGGGGAAUUCAGCUUCUGAUAUUGCUAUAGAACUGAGUCACACAGCAGCACAGGUUAUCAUCAGUUCUAGAAGUGGCUCCUGGAUAAUGAGUCGUGUCUGGGAUGAUGGCUUCCCUUGGGACAUGGUAUUUUUAAACCGCUUUGAUAACUUCGUCAGAAACAACCUCCCUACCUUCAUCUCUGAUUGGUGUUAUGUGAAGAAGAUGAACGGGAGAUUUAAACAUGAGAACUAUGGACUGAUGCCUUUGGAUGGAACACUGAGAAAAGAACCUGUGAUCAAUGAUGAGCUCCCAGCACGCAUCAUCUGUGGUGCAAUAACCAUCAAGCCGACUGUAAAGGAAUUUAAGGAAACAUCUGUGGUAUUUCAGGAUGGGACAGUGUUUGAAGCUGUUGACACCAUCAUUUUUGCAACUGGCUAUGGUUAUGCCUACCCUUUCCUUGAUGAAUCAAUCCUCAAAAGCAGAAACAAUGAAAUGACCCUUUUUAAAAAUGUUUUCCCUCCUUGCCUUGAGAAAUCAACAUUGGCUAUGAUUGGUUUCAUCCAGGCCCUUGGUGCUGCCAUACCUACUGUUGAUAUGCAGUCCCGAUGGGCUGUAAGAGUAAUAAAAGGAACGUGUCCUUUGCCCCCUGUGAGUGAUAUGAUGCAUGACAUUGAUGAGAAAAUGAAGAUGAGACUCAAAUGGUUUGGCAACAGUCAAGCAUUACAGACAGAUUACAUCGUAUACAUGGAUGAAAUUGCCUCCUUCAUUGGGGCCAAGCCCAACAUGUUUUGGUUGUUUCUCACAGACCCCAAGCUAGCUGUGGAGGUUUACUUUGGCCCCUGUACCCCUUACCAGUUUCGAUUGACAGGACCAGGAAAGUGGCCAGGAGCCAGAAAUGCCAUUCUGACCCAGUGGGACAGGACCUUGAAACCCAUGCAGACUCGAAUAGUUGGUUACCCACAGAAACCUUAUCCUCUCUUUGAAUGGCUCAAAUUACUUGCUAUUCCUAUUAUUCUCAUUGCUGCUUUUCUUGCUUUAAACUAAUAAUAAAUGUCUGGAGCAUUUCUAACUCAGAAAAAAGAGAGGUUCAUAUUUUCUUCUGUUUUGUACAACAUUCCAAAGAAGUACUAAAUUGGCAAAUGUCAGCUUUCUUGGUAAAAUAAAAUAAAAUAAACCAUCUCCACAUGUCUGACUACUUCUCAAAUAAGAAGUAGUUAUCAGAGGUCUUUCUCCUGUCUCAGAAGGACUGUGUCUCUGCCGUCCCAGAAAGUUGAGUAAGAAAUUAAAUCACAUUUAAAUAACCUCCAGGGAAGGAUAUUUGUCCCAUUCACACCCGUCCCUAUAUUCAGAAUCCCUUCUCUGUCAGGAUUGUUCAUUCUGAUAACAGUGUGAUAUUUUUUCCUAUAAGUAAUCAUGCGGGUUUUGGUGAUUGAAAGAUGCUAAGAUGGAGCUUUGUACAGAGAAACAUCUGAAGGAACAAAGUUUAACUAUGUUGAAAUGUAUCACUUUGCCUCUUAUUGAAAUGGAUACAAAACCAAAUCUGAUAACACCUAUGAGAUCCUAUUAAAUGUGGAAAAUUACAAUCAAUAUAUCUUCACUCUCAAGGUUCUGGUAAACUGGCUCUUGUCUCAAUCAUGGAUUUUAGCAGACUCUAAUUAAAUGCUUGUUUAAGUGCAUAAUAAGGAUUUUAGGCCAGUCAGCCCACUUCCCUUGAUUCUUACAAAUAAAGGCUAUGCUUGUAUUGAAAUUAAUAAAAUAAA